UUCAUAGUUUUUAAAAAUAAAUUUUAUCUCUUUCACCAGAAAGCGAUUUAAAGCAGACGUUUUUGUAACGUCACAUGUCACCGGUUUCAAUGAUUAAAGUCCUUUUAUGCAUUGUCAUUUAAAAGAAACAAAAAAGUUUUUAAAUCUUUAUUUCGUUUUUUAUUGUGUUGGUACUGGAUGACAUUCAUCAGAAUUGCUUUGUGAGAUGGCGCUUUAAUCGGAAAAAUGUCAAUUUGUUUUAACCUAGUUAUUUUAUGUUGGAAGAAAAUUUAUGAAAAAUAGCUUUAGAAUUAUAAAUUAUGGCGGAAACUUUGCCCUCCGUUGUAGACCAGGAAUUACUAGCUUUGCGAAAUCUUUUGUGGGGGGCUGAAAUCAAGCACGACAUUUUCCGUAGAUGGUCACAAGGGUUUUACUUUAGUACAAAUGAAAAAAGCGCUUUGGAGCAGGCGGAAGGGGGACCGUGUGCUAUAUUGGCCCCCGUUCAAGCAUUUAUCAUUAAGAAUUUGCUUCUGGAGUAUAAUGGUCUCCUAUUCCGAGAAAAAGUUGGCCCCGAUGUUCAAACUAAAAUACUAGUAAAUGCCUUAAGUGAAAUCUUAGGACAAUGCAAUAAUGGUAACUUUUGUGUAGUGCACUUAGAAAAUGUUUCUGAUUCCAGUACCGAACUUAACGGGGAUAAAAACGAAAAUAUUGAGCUAUCUGAGCCUCUGGAUCCUAAUCAAUUUCAUACAGACCUAGAAGUUUUGUGUUUUCAAACCUUGGCCGAAGUCACCAAGUAUUAUUUUGACAAUAUCAAGAAACUGAACGGUCGAUUUGGUGUUCUUUUGUUCUUGUAUUCUGUGAUAUUAUCGAGGGGCUUGCAACAGGUGAAAUCUGAAUGUGAUAGCCAGGAGCCAUUAAUUGAUGAGACUUACGGAUAUGGUAGUCAAUCCCUCAUAAAUCUCAUGAUAACAGGCAGGGCCAGCACAUAUGUUUGGGAUCAUUACCAGGACGUGGGAGGCUUAAAGCUCAAGGGUAUAGAAAAGCAGAGCCAAGUUGGUUUUAUAACCAUCAUGGAGUAUCAUAGGUUUUGCACUGUGGGAUCUUUUUACAAGAAUCCCAUACAUCCAGUAUGGGUGCUGGCAUCUGAUACUCACUUAACAGUAUUGUUUAGUGAUGAAAGAAAAUUGGUCAGUCCUGAGACAAAAAGCGAGCAGGCGCGUAGGAUAUUUAAAAGUUUUGAUCCCGAUGGGAAUAACUUCAUCAGUUCCGAUAAACUUCAGGACGUUCUAAGUGCUUUAGAGUUAGUUAGCGAACCCGAAUAUGUAAAUAUAAUGAAAAAGAAAUUAGAUAGUGAAAGUUUAGGGAUAAUUUUGUUAAACGCCUUUAUGGAAGAGUUCUUUCCGAGGGAAGAGUGGUCUACUCCGGAUUUAUUCACUUUGGUUCAUUAUAAUGGCUUAGCGCAAAGUAACAUCAAUGGACAGGUUCAAUACCAUAUAGGCGCCGCCAUUUUGCUCGAAUCUGACAUAAAAUCCGUGUGCGAGUCGAAUCCGAUGCUAACAGUGCUCCAGACAAAAUGGCCAAACAUCGAAGUGAACUGGACUGACGCGACGCCAUCUUUGAACUGAUAUGUUCACUUUAUCAACAAAUUCGCAUAAUUUCGUCAGCUUGUUUAUAAUAACUAGUAAUUUACAGGGUCGUUUGAUUUUAUUUUUAGGUUUUCAAAAAAAUAUUUCCUGAUCACUUAGAUUGCCCCCACCAGUUUUCCCCUGUUAGAUAAAUAUGAGUAUCACUUCCCAAAUCGCCCUGUACUUACAUCUUGAAAUUGCAUUUAAUAUUAGUAAUUUAUUAAUUUUAUUUUUUAUAUAUAUUUACCUGUAGAGCUUUAAACUUGUGGUAUUAUCUGAAGCGAGCAGAUUGCUUCGUC